AUAUUUCUAUUACUAAUUAAAGUAGCUAUCAACUUUAUCCAAUUAACAAACAACUUUAACUAAUCCCUUUAGCCAAUCGCUUCGCUCUGUUUGUACCUCACAGCUCGCCGUAGGUAACCAGGAAGUAGCGCCGUAACCAAGUGGAACGCUUGUCUUUUGGUUUUUUGUUGCGCGUCCGCUGUCGUUAACGGCUUUCCUCUUAACUACACUUUUGUUUUCAUAUUAAUCAUUUGAAUCAGCAGAGCGUCAGAAGUUAAACGCCUCAGUGCGCUAAAUCCAGCUUUCAACGUCAAGGUCUAUCAUAAAGGUCUGGUAAGAAAAAACGCUUCGGAGCUAAACUCUGCCACCGCGGACGGAUCCAUGGCUCUCCCGACGCUGUCGGCGCGCUGGCCGGGUCGAGUGCGGGAUCUGGAGAGGCAGCUGGUGCGGCAGCGGGAGCAGGAGGCUCGCUGGAGGCAGCAGUGGGAGCUGCACUCACAGUACUUCAGAGAGCAGGAUGUCCGCAGCAGCAAACAGGCGCAGUGGAGCUCACGGCAGUCCUUCCAGCGCAGUAUGUCAGCAUUUCAGCGGGAGCGAAUGAAGGAGGAGAAGCAGCAGAAACUGCAGGAACGCAGGGAGCGUCUGAGGAUAAUGCUCCAGGAAGAGAGAGACCAGUUGGAGGCCGAGCUCAGAAAUGUUCGUCCAGACAGAGCCACACUGUCCAGACAGUUGGUAGAAAAAACAGAUGCCCUUCGGUCUGCCAGAGAAGAGAGGAGGAAAAAUCUUGCACAGGAGCUGCUGAGGGAACACUGGAAGCAGAACAACCCAGAACUGCGGAAGGUGGAGACAGAGUUGCACAAAGAUCACAUUGUGAGCCAAUGGCAGGUUCAACAGCAGGAGAGAAAACAGGCUGAUGAGAAAACUCAGGAGGAGAAACAGCGUUUUGAGAAUGAGUAUGAGAGGACAAGACGAGAGGCUCUGGAGAGAAUGAAAGAAGAAGAGGAGAAGAGAAGACAAGAGGAAAAGAAGCGAGCUGAAGACCUCCGUAAACAGAUGGACGAGCUCAAGCUACGGGAACAGGAAGCUGAGCGUCUUAAGCAGGAACAGGAAGCUCUAAUGUCUCAACGCUGGGAGCUUGAGAAGCUAGAGGAUGAGAGGAAGAGGAUGGAGGAAAGCAGGAGGAAAACUGAAUUUGGGCAUUUCCUGACUCGUCAAUACCGUGCUCAGCUGAAAAGGAGAGCACAGCAGGUGCAGAAGGAACUGGAGGCAGACCGCAAGAUCCUGGCAGCGCUGCUGGAGGGAGAAGUGGAGGAGAAGAGACUGGACAAAGCCAGGAGAGAGAGAGCCGUCGCCGACGCCGCCUGGAUGAAGAGAGUCAUAGAGGAGCAGCUCCAGCUGGAGAGGGAGAGGGAGGCAGAGUUUGAUAUUUUAUAUCGGGAGGAAGCGCAGCGUGUUUGGGAGAAGAGAGAGGCAGAGUGGGAGAAGGAGAGGAGAGCCAGAGAGAGACUCAUGCGGGAGGUCCUGACAGGACGUCAGCAGCAGCUGGAGGAACAAAUGAAGGAGAACAGGCUGGCAAGGGAGGAGUCUCUGCAGAGGAGAGAAGAGCUCAUCCAGCAGCUGGAGCACGAGAGAGUCAGUCGACGGCAGGAGAGGGAGCAGCAGGAGGGAGCCCGCACCGCUCGCACGCAGGAGAUCAAUGCACAGGUGGAGCAGAGGCGCAGGGAACAGUGGGAGGAGCAGCGACGACAAGAGCAAGAAGAACUACAAGAGAGGGAGGAGCUUAGACAGCAGGAGGAGGAGCUUCAUCUUGAGACAGAGAGAAUGAUUCGACAGGGCUACAAGGAGAGAAUUCACAGCAGACCCCGGUCAGCAUGGACAUGAGAGCGCUUCACAGGAAGAGUCUUUGUGCCACAUCCCCUAUCAGAUGCUAGUAUUUUCUAGCACUAUUUUUCAUUCAGAAUCGGGGAUAUCUAUGUCCAUGUUGAUCUCGGCCACUUUGUGCUUAAAUGAGAACCAGGUUCCCCCUCAGAGAUGCUUUAUAUAUAUGUUAAUGAUUUACAUUAUGGCUUCGAUAAAUGAUUGUAUAGGUAAGUUCUCAAUCUUAAAUUUCCAUUGCACUAGUGCUGAGGUUUGCAUGAAGGUCUGGUUUUAUAUGUUGACUGAUUUGUAUAGAUGAAUUUCAAUGAUGACACGUUUUUCAAUAA